AUGCCUUCAAGAAACUCGAUAAAUAAACCUAAGGACAAGAUGCUCCGUAACAGUCAUGCCUCUUCAAUCGGUAAGAAGAGAGCUAGUAGAACCAGAGAGUCUACUAGAUCAGCCACUUCUCGUUAUAAUGAAGAUGCACUUCCAAGACCCUCCGAUUCCAGAUCCAUAGCCGUAUACACUGGAAACGUUUCCAACCCUACUCACUUAACCACCAAUACCUUAUCCAAUAAAAAAGCCAAGAAGUUGGCCAGAAACCAAAAGUAUGUUGAAAAGAGAUUACAAAAAGACCUUGACGACCAAAUGCAAACUGAUGAACCAAAGCCAAUAAACUCCUUGAUAAAAUUGAAAACCAAAGUCAAAGGAGAAAACUCCACCGAGAAGAUAAGAAAGGCUUUAUGGGGUGUAGUUAAUGGUAAUGAUUUACUGAUGUUUAAGGUUUCACCACAAGCUAACGGUACCACUGUUGGAGUUCAGUCAUUUUAA